AUGAUUUUUGUGCCAACUGAUCUUGUAUCACUACUGGUGUUGUUGAUGACAAUGCUCUUAGCAUGGAUAACUACCCAACACUACCUGGCACCUUGCAAGAACUUCCCACCCGGACCUUGGGGCUUACCUAUCAUUGGCAGCUUUAUGUACUUCGGAUCUGACAUACACACAGACAUGAUGAAACUCUCAAAGAAAUAUGGUGAUGUUUAUAGUCUGAAGAUGGGAUCUCAUACAGCCACUGUUGUCAGUGGAGUGAAGGCCAUACAAGAAUGUCUCGUGCAGAAAGGAAAUGAUUUCGCUGAUAGACCUGAUACGUGGACGAUCGGCCUCUUUAACCCAAGAUGUGAAGGUAUUGUUCGUGGUCAUUUCGACAAUAAAUGGCAACACCGUCGGCAAUUCGCCCAUGCAACGCUUAGAAGCUUCGGAUUUGGUAAAACAUGUAUGGAGAGUAAAAUAUGUGAGGAGAUCUUGUUUUUGUUAGACGAAUUUCGGGAUAUUCAAAAUCAACCUAUCAACGCAGGCAAUAUCAUUAACAGGAGUGUUUCCAACAUAAUUUGUUCAAUAACGUUUGGUAAACGAUUCAAAUAUUCUGAUCCAAAUUUUAUUUUCAUUGUUGAUAUCUUGGGGAAAUGUUUUGAGAGCCACGGUAAAGUGUAUGUCUUGGAUUUUCUACCAUUUGUGAGACCAUUUAACCAGUCAAAUAUAAAAACUUUCAUUGCAACUCGUAAAGAUGUUGAGAAGUUCUGCAAACAGCAGAUUGAUGAGCAUCGUGAAGUAUUUGAUCCAAACCACAUUGGAGACUUCAUCGAUGCAUGCUUGGCUGAGCGGACCAAACACAAUAGCAAAGUAGAUUUCACUGAUGAUCAGUUAAAAUUUAUGUUAGUGGAUAUCUUUGGCGCCGGCACUGAAACUGUAGUGACUACACUUAUAUGGGGAUUACUGUUUAUGGUUCUACAUCCAGAGAUACAGGAGAUAGUGUAUAAUGAAUUAGAUCAGGUUGUUGGAGCAAAUCGCCUUCCGAGACUCAAUGAUCGUAAACACUUGCCUUAUACGGAAGCCACUCUUUUGGAGAUACAACGAAUUGGAAGUAUUCUACCAUUCGCACUACCACAUCGUGCCUUGAGAGAUACUACUCUUGGUGGAUACAAUAUUCCCAGUGGAACUGCAGUCACUAUAUUACUUUGGUCGAUUCAUAGAGAUCCAAAUACGUGGCCAGAUCCAGACAAAUUUGACCCUAUGAGGUUUUACGAUGAAAAGAAUAAUACAGUCAAGAAGUCGGAAAAUUUCAUGCCUUUUCUGCAGUGA